AAAUCUAUGCCAGUUGUUGCUCAGAAAAGGAGGGUAACGUCCAGUGUUGUCUGAAGUGUCGGAUUCCUGCUCCGUCACUGGCCAGACCAUUACAGAUUUAACACUCAUGGUCGAAUUGGACCAGAUACACACUAACCUGAGCCAAGGGAAUUACACCACAACCUCCCCUUAUAAAAACCCUCUGCAGUGCCAUCAGCGCCAUCAGUGCCGUCAGAGCCGUCAGAGCCGUCAGAGCCAUCAGAGCCAUCAGAGCCAUCAGAGCCAUCUGCCACAGAGAAAGAGAUUUAAGGACACUGCAGAGAUGACCAGCUCUUAUCUUCUGCCACUGUUAGCGUGUUUGCUUUUCGCCUGCUCUUCUGCCCAGAAAAGCUGCAGAGGCCGUUGUGGGGAAGCGUAUUACCGAGGAAAUGCAUGCCAGUGUGACUAUGAGUGUCUCUCACACAAAGAGUGCUGCAAAAACUACGAGUCUCUUUGUACCACAGGUGAUUCGUGUAAAGGCCGAUGUGGGGAGCUUUUUAAGCGAGGACGACAGUGUCACUGUGAUAUCGAGUGUUUUAAAUUCAAACAGUGCUGUCCAGACUAUGAGGCGCAGUGCACAGUAGAGGAAUGUUCUACAGAGGAAGAGUCCAACGAUCCUCCGGCGACCACGGUGGCACCCGAAGAUGACUACGACCCUGAUGAAGGAGUGAUCGUUGAUGGAGCCCCUGUUCCAGAGGUUGCCAGUGGAAGCGAGCCAUUGCCCUCAGCUGCUCCUGAAGACAAGGCGAUAGACCCUGCUGAAAUCGAGCCAACACUUCCCCCUGUCCUGCCUGAGGCUGACACUGAGACGAAUGAAGUGGUGAAGGAGGCUUCAGAGCUGGCAGAGACAGAGGAAAGCAGCCCUCAUCUCCCUGAGGAGCAGAGUGCUUUAGUACCAAACGCAACCAACUCCUCCUCCCUAUCACAAGCUACUCAGGCUCCUCCUACAGAGACAACAGAUCUGAAGGAUCUACCAGAUCCUGCGGAUCUACCAGAAGAAGACCCUGAAAGCCCCCAGGCUGCCUCUGAAUCUGAGCAUUCUCCCAUCUCUUCAGCUCCUACUCUUCCUCCUCUGGUAACCUCCACUAAGCCCACCACCACCCAGCAGCCAUCAGAUCAGCCUCUGUUUCCCACAAGCCCAGCACAGGCAGCCGGAUUAAGCCCCACUCCGGCAUCUGAGCAACCUGGCCAGGAUGCCCAAACAAACGCUCAGAGUACCUCAGACCCCAAAAUCACUUCUCCAACGACUGCUUAUCCAAAUGAUCUUGAAAUUGAUGCCUCUAAUUCAACUGAGCUUAAACCCACAAACCCAGACCAGAAUGAAGGAGUGUUGGCCCCAGAGAUAAAGCCUGAACCCCAGACAGAACAGCUUCAGUUAGAGCCCAGUGAAAACACAACCUCUGAAAGGGUGAGCGCCACCAACUUGGACCCAACAGAGAAGCCUAGCGCUUCCGAACCAACAAAACCACAGGAAAAUAUCAAGGAUUCCCUGUCGACAAAAGCUCCUUCUGCUACUCCUGCUUCUGAGAAAGUGAAUCCUUCUCCAACCAAAGCACCAGAAAAGGUUCUUGAUGAGGGCAGUGCUAAGGAUUAUCAGGCAGAUGCCAACAACGACACGGACCUCUGUAGUGGGCGUCCAGUCAACGGCUUGACCACGCUCAGAAAUGGCACCAUUGUGGUUUUCCGAGGACACUACUUUUGGACACUGGACUCCAGAAGGAACCCUGGGCCUCCUCUGGGAAUCACAGACGUGUGGGGGAUUCCCUCUCCUAUUGACACUGUCUACACUCGCUGUAACUGCCAAGGAAAGACCUACUUUUUCAAGGGCGAUAACUACUGGAGGUUUGAGAACGGCAUCAUGGACUCUGGAUUCCCAAGACCCAUCAGUGCGGGCUUUGGACUGAGUGGUCAAAUCACCGCUGCUUUGUCCAUGCCUCAGUACCGGAGCAGGAAGGAGUCCGUGUUUUUCUUCAAAACAGGUGGACUGGCUCAAAGAUACAGCUACCGCAUCACACCUCAAUGUGGCAGGAAAACAGCUGUGUACACAAUAUCAAAGAAGGUCAAGAGGCAAGCAGACCCUGAACUCGGACAGGAGAUCGACAUCAGAAAGACAUGGAGAGGGUUUCCCUCCACUGUGACCUCAGCUGUGUCAGUGCCGUCUACAGGAGGAGACGGACACAAAUACUAUAUUUUCUCAAGGACCAAGUACUACAGUUUAAAGAUGGAAGGCAACACACCAGUGAUUCUCACCCCCAGGGAUGGACCAGGGAAGCAAAAAUCAGCGAAGAGCUGGUUCAGAUGCCCAGAAACACAAAGGCUGUAAAACUAGAUCCUUAAAAAUGAGGUUGAUUUCUUAUUUAACCCUUUUUGCCAACACAAACUAAACACUUAGUGAUAUUCUGUCACACUGAAAUAUCAAUGACUUUCUAUCAAAAGAAAUCUUUAUUGUAUCCAUAUAAAAACCAACCAAUGCUGUGGGCUACCCACAUGCAUUAACAUAGAUGGAAAUGGUUAUAGUCAAACACAUGAAGUAGCGUCUCGGCUGCAGUCACAAUUUGUGUUGUAGUAGCGACGGAAAUCAAUGCAGUACUUCUGGAUUUUGCUUCAUCUGGCAAAGCGUCCACGAACCCCCAUAACUCCUAAUCCACCUGCAGGAAGAAACAGUAUUGAUCAUAAACAUGCAUCAUCUUUUGUAUAUAAAGCAUGUUUGACAAUUUUGUAAUUUUCUUUAUUAAACCCAAUAAAAAUUGCACUCAAGUUGA